AGAGUUAUUAGAGAAAUAUAUUGGUGACACAAAAUAAACUAAACCAUGCAGAAGACGUUAGGACAGUUCGUAAAACUACACAUUAUGUGACGCUCCUUAAGGAAACACGUUUUACUCGCAGACAAAGAAUGAUACCAUGGUUAUAGUACCAUCUUGUUUCUCAAAAGGAAUAAUGAGAUUAAGAUUAACUCGUUUAGGGCAUGUGGCUUAAACCUGCCGAAGUACUACACCGAGUUUCUUCGUUAAACACUUAUCUGCAAAGUACUUUCGUUAUACAGUGCAGAGGCGGGAUAUGUGGAGAUAUAUGUAGAAAGGGAGUGUGUGUGUGUGAUCCGAGUCGCCUUUCAGCCUCUUCACUGAUCGAAGUCGACGUCUGUUUUACAACUUCUAUUAUGGAUAAGCAGUACGAAAGAGAUACGUUUAACAAGGCCAAGGUUGAGUUACAUGUACACCUAGAUGGCGCCUUCAAGUUGUCCACCAUUUUGGAUGUGGCAAAGAGACGGGGCCUCAUCCAACCCGACACCGCCGAGAAUGAAUUUCGGGAAGAGUGCACGAUGUGCAAGCCCUCCUCUCUCACCGAGUUCCUGUCCAAGUUCGAAAAGUACAUGCAUAUCAUCGCUGGAGACAGGGAAGCUGUUAAAAGAGUAGCAUAUGAGUUUGUGGAGACGAAAGCCAAGGAGGGCGUGGUUUAUGUGGAGGUGAGGUACAGCCCCCACCUCCUGGCCAACUCUGGUGUGGAACCAAUACCGUGGAACCAAAAGCAGGGGGACCUGACGCCCGAUGAAGUUGUCCGUCUAGUUAACCAGGGCCUCAAAGAGGGGGAGGCGGCCUUCGGAAUCAAAGCCAGGUCCAUUCUGUGCUGUAUGCGGCACAUGCCAAAUUGGUCCAUGGAAGUGAUUGAGAUGUGUAAGAAGUACCGCAAUGACGGAGUGGUAGCAAUUGACCUGGCUGGUGAUGAGUCCUUGAACUGUGAGGCCAACUCAGGGCACAGGAAGGCAUAUGAGGAAGCUGUCAGAAGCGGGAUUCACCGCACUGUCCACGCAGGAGAAGCGGGGUCCAGCCAGUGUAGUGAGGGAGGCUGUAGAAGUCCUGAAAGCAGAAAGGAUUGGACAUGGUUAUCACACAAUCGAUGAUCAGCAACUGUAUCAAACACUUCUGGGGGCGGAAAUGCAUUUUGAGAUGUGCCCUUACUCUAGUAAGAUGACAGGAGCAUGUGGCCCAGACUUCAAAAAGCAUCCUCUCAACAGGUUUAAGGAAGAUAAAGCCAAUUUCUCUCUGAACACGGAUGACCCUUUAAUAUUAAAAUCGUCCUUGGAA